UAUCUCAAGUGUUGGUUCUUUCUUCUCUAAGAGCUCUCUCUCUCUCUCUCUCUCUCUCUUUCUCUCUCUCGCUCGCUUGCUUGCGACGUCGUCUUCUACAAAAUGGCACUAUGCAGAGAUGAAGUAUUGGUGAAACGGUUUUUCCAUUGUUCUCCACCUGCUCGUUCAAUUUUAGUUCCCAUUGAAACUAGGAGCAACAGGGCUGUCCCUACAGGGGACAGGUUCUGUACCUUGCCAAUAGAGAUAAAACUCAAUAUUCUAGAGCACAUUCCUUUUGAAGAAGCAGCAAGAACAAGCAUCUUGUCUAGUACAAGUAAUUGGUCUGAACAUUCCCAAGUCAUACUUGACAAACUCCUCUUUGAAGAGCGCGGCCGAUGGAUUGCACUCCAUCCAACUGCAUGGGUGAACAAAGUUACCGAAAUUCUCACUAUUCAUCGUGAAGGUCUCAUUCCCAUUCGGAAGUUUAUUCUCCACAUUCCGGACAUGCAAUUUAACUGGGCCCUAUAUAUAAAUAUCUGGAUAUCAUUCCUUUCAAGCAAUGGUAUCAAGGCACUCUCCGUGGAUAAUUGGAAUAUUAUUACAUAUAAGCUUUCUUCUUUUCUCUUGGAGUGCUAUGAAUUGACACGAUUGAUGCUCCGUAAUUGUAUAUUCAAGCAACCAGUUGAAGGCUUUCGGAAUCUCCAAUUCCUUUGCCUUGAGAAAAUAGCAUUUGGUUCCGACAUAGUUGGUGAUGUUACACUCAGUACCCCAUCGCUUGUGCAGGCGGAGCUUGUAGAUUGCAUGGGCUUUCGAUAUUUGAAUAUUCAUGCUCCAGAACUCAAGAAUUUUGUUGUUGCGAGUAGUGAUAGAAUGAGGCGUCAUGAUUUGAAUCAGGUGAAGUUACAAAUGGCGAGACCAACUCGACACCGCCACGGCCGAAAGCCGGGUUACAGACUAGAAUUUUUUUUCUGUCCCCAUAAUGAUACAAAAUUUGUUUUCUGUUCCCGAAGUCAAAGGGCCGGAAGGUGAACCACCUUGAACUAUGGACGAAAACAGAAGUUGCUCUCGAUUGGGUUGUGAUUGAUAUGGAUGGAUCACGGGUGGUGUCACACUAGCUACACAAUUUAAAGCCUUGUGCUCAUAGGGAUUACACAUGCUCUGUUCAUUGGUCAUUAUUAAGCCUUACUUUGAAGUGGCUUAUAAGUAAACAUUUUGACUUAUUAUGAAAAAAUAUAUAAAAAAAUAAAGAAGUGAUGUGAUUUAAAUAAGUUAAUAAUUUUUUUUUUUUCCUUAUCAUUUUAGGUUUGUCAUAUUCAUUUUGUAGAAUGUUUA